AUGCGGGGUGACAAACGUUGGGUUUACUUCCUCAAACUCCUGAACGAGAUUGACCUUUCUAAGUGCGAGUCGGUAUGUCUAUUUGUCGACAAAGUCUUCCUGCCGUCACCACAGAGCCAGAACUUGCCGCACGAACGGCAGAACGAGGUGCGCAAGCAUGUAAAGGACCUCUUGGUUGAACGCAAAGACUACAAGGACCUUCUGAGGACAUUGGAUGAUCGUGGCCGUCUACGCGCUUCCACCAAAAUGCUUAAGAGCUUCACUUGUGAAGAUGCCAGCAGCGAGGGUUUGCGUCGGGUCAUGCUGAGUCUUUCACGCGAGCUUAAGCGCAUCCACCCGGAAUCCUUGGAGAAUGAGUUGAAACAGACAACGCUGAAGCUUCUCGCUUGGUUUCUAACCGAAGGUCAUGAACCUAGCAUCAAGACGUGUCUGGAUCUCGCGAUCGAGCCACAGGAGCUGCUUGCUGGGCUUGAUCGAGAGAAGGCUAUCAACCUUCCGGUGCGGUGCACGACCCCAGAAUCUGUCCAGCUGUGCUGCGACAGGCUCGUGUUGGUUCCAAGCAACUUACUGUCCGUUGAAUGCGGUAGGCUGUAG